UCGUUCCCUUGAUAUAGCUCGUUUUUCGAUUCACUGUCCUUGUUUUACAGGAAUGGCAUCUUUUGCAAGUGGUUCGAUACCAUCUGAAAGCUAUGACGAGGACCCUGAAAGUCCUUCACUUGCAACUGUGGAAAGUGAUUCAGAAGCUUUAUUUUCAAUAGAUAAUUCAAAAAAGAGUAAAAACGUCGCUUCCAGUUCCGUUUCGCCGGAAGUUCAAGCCCUUCUCCGUGGCAAAAGGGACUUGGAGGCAAAGCUGAAAAAGGUGGAGAUACAAAUAUAUGAACUGGAAACAUCCUACUUGGAAGAGUCUUGGCAUUUUGGAAACGUUGUUCGCGGUUGGGACAACGUUUUAAAGUACCGUGGUGACUCAGAGAACAGUCAAAGACCAACCCGCAAGUUAAGACAGUCGGAUAGGAUUUUUUCGUCUUCUAGUCUUUCGAGUCCAGAUAACGUGAAUAAGCAGGGUAAUGGGCUGUUUUCCAAAAAGGCAAGGGUAGAACCCAAGACACCGAGCAGUUUUGGAGAGAGUCCUUGAGUACUUUACUUGUCAGACUUUCGAGUCGUCUGCUAUUAUACUGAAGAGCACCUCAAGAGGAAUAUUUCGUAAGGAGUUAAUUGGACGUAUAUUUAUGAGAGAUGGCUACGAAAAAUUUCCUUUUUAUGUAGUACGGCUUAGCCUAGAAUAUUUUCUAGUGAUGUUUUCUUUAUGACCCCAAAGUGGUAUCCUUUCAACACCCAGAAAGUUUGUUUAACGUCCUUUCGGUAAAACUUGUUAAAGAAAAGCCAUCAUCAUAUGAGAUGCAAAAAUUGUGAAGUACAUUAGCGGCUAUUUCACUUGUUGUUUGAAAGAAAAUUUGCGAAACUAUUAAAAAGUGGAAUUUACUUUCUUACUGAAAGUCCUUAUGGUCUCGUCAUCAUUAUUUUCUUGUUUAACUUGUGGUCGAUGAUUUUCGAGAAAUCACAUUGUUUCGCCUUAUAAUGGCAGUUUGCUUAUAGUAAGUAGAGCCUGCAAUAGAAACCAAUCUUAGAGUGAAUAGACUGUUUUACAAAGUUUCCUGUAAUGAGAAGAGUAGUGAUCAAACGAGUGAAACAUGCAAGUUCUGAUGCAAUGAACCCUCAAAUAAGACUUUAGCAAGUUGAGCUGACACGAUUGUUGAAGAAGAUUACGAUGAGAUAAUUUUCAUUUUGCUUAAGGACCGAAAGCGGCAAUUUCUUAUUCAU